AUGCCACCCAAGAAAGGUGACUCAAAAUCAGCUGCCAAGAAAGGCAAGUCAGAGGAGCCAAAGAAGGGAGGAAAGGAUGAUAAGAAGGGAGGAAAAGAUGAUAAGAAAGGAGGAAAGAAGGCAGAGGAGCCACCAACAAAGGGAAAAGGGAAGGAUGAUGGGAAGAAGGGAAAAGGAAAGAAACCUGUCAGCGAGUCAGAGGAGGGGUCAGAGGAAGAAGAAUCAUCCGAGAUGAAGACUGAAGAAGAAAGUGGUGACAGUGAGGAAGAAGUAGUAACCAAGAAAGCAGGACAGCAGGACAAAGGAAAAGGAAAGGCAGCACUGAAAGGUGCAUCCAAAGCCAUGGCUAUGAAGGGCUUAAAGCCUCCUAAACGCUCAUCUCCUGAUGAUGACGAUGAGGAGGAAGAAGAGCAAGGAAAGUCAAAUAAGAAAGGCAUGGGUGCAGUUAAUUUAAAAAAAAUGAGUGAUGUCCACAUUAAAGGAGCUUCCAAGGCAAUGAUGGGGUUUGCUGCAGAAGGACAGAAGAAGAAUUUAGGAGUAGAAAAAGCACAGAAAACAACAGAUGCAAAAUCUCACCUCAAAGGAGCCUCAAAAGCCCUUUCAGGACUCACAGGAAAGGCCUCUCCUUUUGCCUUUCCUUCUAAACAGCAACAAGAAAAAGCAAAGCCAAAGCGAAACCUCAAAAGCACCUCUCGUCUGUUCCUACGGCUGUCCAAAAAAAAGAAACCCUCUGCUGAUGAGGACAUGGACUAUGAUGAUGAAGAGUGGGAGGAUGAAUAUGGUUACUAUGAUGAUGAGGGCAACUUCUAUUAUGAUGAUGAGCUCUACUAUGAUGAUGAUGAUGUAGAUGAAUAUGGUUACCCUUAUAGCUAUUAUGACGAUGGUUAUGAGGAUUACUAUGGUGAAGAAGGGGUUCAGUAUUACUAUGGUGAAGAUGGAAUGCUGUAUGCAAUAGAACCAGAGUCAUUUGAUUAUUAUGGCGAUGCCACAUAUGGUUUCUCUGACCCAUCUGAACUGUAUGAGGAUUAUUUUGACCACAAUUUAGUUUCUAAUUGUACUGUGUCAGAUGCGUACGGCAUGAUGAGUGAAACAGCCCCUUCUGCAUCAUCUGCUCUCUCCUCUCCACACUUGUCUUCUGCCAUGCUUACCUCUCAGCUGCGUAAUGCCUCCUUUGCAUCACCUCUUCAGAGACACCUCUCCCCUACAUCUUCUGCCUCACCUGCUCCUCCUCCCACUACACCUCAACAAGGAAGUAUCAGAGGUAGCUCUUUAUUCUCUGGUGGACUGAGGACUUCUCAGAUCCAGGGAUCUAUGUUCAAGCUUCCAGGUGGUACUUUGACACGGCCCCAGGGCCCUGUGGAACCAUCAGCUACAAGAAACGGUGUGGGCAGUGGGAGGCUGUCACCCUCUGCACUUUCUAAUGCCCUGCAGAACUCAAGUCUACGUCAGGCCACCUAUAGACUUCCUGAUGGCUCACUGAUUACCAGAAAUGAACCUGCUGAACAACCACCACCUGUCUCCUCCUCUAUGCUGUCUUCUGCACUGUUGAACCCCAAUGUGCGUAAAGCUACAUACAAGCUACCAGAUGGAACCCUGGUUACAAGAAAUGAGCCAGCACCUGAGUCUUCCUCUACUAUGCUUUCCUCUGCACUUCUCAAUGCAAAUGUUCGAAAAGCUUCUUAUCGAUUACCAGAUGGUUCAAUUCUAACACGUCCAGGAGAGGAGCCUAAGAGCGCUGAGAGUGCAAUAGCAUCACCUGGACUAUCUGGUGCCCUGAUGAACGCUAACCUCCGUCAGUCAAAGUUUCAGCUCCCAGGAGCUUCAUCUCUGUUUUCACGAAACCAACCUCAAGCUCCUUCCAGUCCUCUCCUUUCUGGUGCCUUGAUAAACACCAACCUCCGCGGUGCUUCUUACAAUCUCUCAGCCUCAUCAUUAUUUAGGCAGCCUGGAUCUGCUAAUACCUCAGAGCAACGCUCACUUGAUCUCUCCAAUGCUCUCCGCAACCAAAACCUCCGAUCUGCCUCCUACCGUUUGCCAGAUGGAACUCUCAUGACCCGCUCUCAGACCACUACUGCACCCCAGUCACUAGACCUGUCUAAUGCUUUGUCAAAAAACCCAAACCUUCGUGGGGCAAAAUAUCGUCUCCCUGACGGUAAUAUCAUGACGCGACUUGGUGCCCCAAGCACUCCACAAUCACGGUCACUUAACCUCUCUGGUGCUUUGCAGGGCUCUCAACUCAAGGGGGCCUCUUUCCGUUUGUCCUCCUCAUAUGCUGUAGUAUCCCCCCAGGUUCAGGGUUCUGGUCCUGAACAGCACUGGGCGCAAGGCUCUGGCACUGAAAUGCAGCAUGAUAUGGAUGUGUGGGGGGCCGAGAGAGUUCUUCCCCAUGGAACAGUACAGAAUCUCAAUAAAUGGUCCAUGUAUAGAGAUGGAGAGCUCCUUGAGCCCCACAGCCUGAUGGAACAGGGACAUGUGGGGGAGCAACCAGGGGAGUGGAAUCUUGACAGAGAGGGUGAACCAAAGGGGCAAUGGUUUGACAAGAUGUACUCAAUCCGAAGCAUGGCCACUGUAGCUCACCGGGAGCAAAGAGAGGAAGAUGGUGUGGAGGAUAUGACCCAGCUGGAGGAGAUGCAUGAGGGAGCUGUUCUACUGAACAUAAAGAAAAGGUUUGAGAGAGAGAUCAUUUACACAUACAUUGGUAGCAUUCUGGUCUCUGUGAAUCCUUACAGGAUGUACAACAUCUAUGGAACAGAUGUCGUGCUGCUGUACAAGGGUUGUGCUCUGGGAGAGAACCCUCCGCAUUUGUUUGCCAUAGCAAAUGCUGCUUAUUCCAAAAUGAUGGAUGCCAAACACAACCAGGUCAUUAUAAUCAGUGGGGAGAGCGGCUCCGGAAAAACAGAAGCCACCAAACUUGUCCUUCGCUACCUUGCAACAAUACAUCACAAAUCGAAUCUUGCACAGCAGAUUGAGAUACUUGAGGCAGCUCCUCUACUGGAAUCUUUUGGAAAUGCCAAAACUGUGAGGAAUGAUAAUUCCAGUCGCUUUGGAAAAUACAUAGAGGUCUUUCUGGAAGAUGGUGCGAUCAGUGGUGCCAUAACCUCUCAGUAUCUACUGGAAAAGUCCCGUAUUGUCUUCCAGGCCAAAGAUGAGAGGAACUAUCACAUCUUCUACGAGAUGCUUGCAGGUCUUCCGUCUCAGCAGAAGCAGACUUUCUAUCUGCAAGAAGCUGAAACCUACUAUUACCUCAACCAGGGAGGGAACUGUGGGAUAACAGGAAAGAACGAUGCUGAUGACUUCCGACGUCUGUGUUCUGCCAUGGAAAUCCUUCAUUUCACUCCAGAGGACCAGUUGGCCAUCUUCAGAGUUCUCUCUUCUAUACUGCACCUAGGCAAUGUCUACUUUCAGAGACAUGAGACUGAUGGCCAGGAGGUGGCGUCAGUGGUAAGUGCUCAGGAGAUCCGAGUUGUGGCAGAGCUGUUGCAGAUCUCACCAGAUGGACUACAGAAAGCCAUCACCUACAAAGUCACAGAGACGAUGAGGGACAAAAUCUACACCCCUCUGACUGUAGAAAGUGCUGUUGAUGCCAGAGAUGCUGUUGCCAAGAUCCUGUACUCGUUAGUGUUCCACUGGUUAACAGAAAGGAUCAAUGCUCAGGUGUACCCUUGCCAACACACCCUCUCCAUCUCCAUUCUGGACAUUUAUGGAUUUGAGGAUCUGGCUUUCAACAGCUUUGAGCAGCUUUGCAUCAAUUAUGCAAAUGAGUACCUACAAUUCUUCUUCAACAGAAUCAUAUUCAGAGCUGAACAGGAGGAGUACAGCAGAGAACAAAUCCCAUGGCAAGACAUCGCAUUCAGCGACAACCAACCCUGCAUCGACCUCAUUGCCGCUAAGCCUCAUGGGAUACUGAGGAUUCUAGAUGACCAGAGCUGUUUCCCACAAGCAACAGACCACACUUUUCUCCAAAAGUGUCACUAUCACCAUGGGAACAAUCCAAUGUAUCAGAAGCCAAAGAUGCCUAUCCCAGAGUUUACCAUCAAGCACUUUGCUGGUCGGGUCACCUACCAGGUUUACAAGUUCCUUGAUAAAAACUAUGAUCAAGUCCGACAGGAUGUCCUGGACCUGUUCAUCCAGAGUAGAAAUAAGAUGGUGUCAAACCUCUUCGUGGUUCAUGCAGAGGUCAUAGGUCAGCAGAGAGGGAGUCACAUGAGGAAAAGAAGUUCAGUCACCAGAAAGUAUCAAGCUUCCACCGUCAGCAGCAAGUUCCAACAGUCCCUGCUGGAGCUGGUGGAGAAGAUGGAGAGGUGCAACCCCUUUUUUGUUCGCUGCAUCAAGCCAAAUAAUAUGAAGCAACCAGGUGUGUUUGAGGAUGACCUGGUCAGCAACCAGUUGCGACACUCUGGGGUCCUGGAGACGAUCAGGAUCCGUAAAGAGGGCUAUCCCGUUAGAAUGACAUUCUACAAUUUCCUCUUCAGGUAUAAGUCUCUCGUGGGAAUAAGAGAGCUUCCAGAACCAAAUGAAGAGAACUGCAUUAUAUUGCUCAGCAAACUGUGUCCCCUGCGACCGGGUAUCUACUAUGUUGGUGUCACAAAGUUGUUUCUAAAGGAGGAUAUCUACCAGCUGUUGGAGUGUAAAAGAGAGCGUUCCCGUCAACUUGCGGCUCUCACCUUACAGCGUUACACCCGCAUGUUCUUCGUCAGGAAACGAUUUGUUGAGUUUCGCUCCAAAAUCGUCAGAUUUGAGGCGCAUUGCCGCGGCUUCCUCGUGAGGAAGCGUUAUGUGAAAAUGAGGGCAAGUCUGGUCCGCUUCCGCUCUCUCGUCCAUAUGUACAUCAACCGCAAGCAAUACAUCAAGAUAAGGUUUGCACUUAAGAGGAAAGCUGAAGAGGAGAGGAGGAGAAGAGAGAUGGAGCUGUCGAGGAGGGAGGUGGUUAAUGUCACACACCUGGUGAUCCCUGUAGAACUGGGGGCUCUACUGCAGGCAGCAGGAGUCAAGCGGGAGCUGCAUUCAGAUUGUCUGGCUCUGCUUCAGGCUCCUCACAUCCAGGAAGAGGGUCAGCUCACUCUGCCUCUGGACAUCAACAACUACCCUUUUUAUCGUUAUGUACAGAUCCACUUCAGGGAACCAAAGUUUGGGUUGUUGAUGGCCCCUUUGGAGUCACCUUUGACCCGGUUGGAGGAGGACCUGCACAAGGAGGCUGUGGACCUAUUUAACAUGGUGUUACGAUUUAUGGGGGACCCUCACUUGAAUGGAGCACAAGAAAACAUGUUUGGGAAUUACAUCAUCCAAAAGGGUUUGUCAUCUCCAGGGUUACGAGAUGAGAUCCUGGCUCAGGUUGUCAAUCAGGUGUGGAGGAACACGAACACUGAGAACUCAGAGAGAGGCUGGCUGCUGCUGAUGGCAUGUGUUUCCUGCUUUGCACCAUCACCCAAAAUGGAUAAACAUCUGCUGAAGUUUGUGUCAGACCACUCCCCUGCAGGUUGUCAGGCGUUGCUGCAACACAGACUCAUCCAAGCCAGUCAGAAGAUGCAGCUAAGCCUAGGCUCCACACUUGAAACUGCACGAACCUACCCACUGUCACUGCUGGAGUGGACAGCCAAUAGGAAGAAGGCCAACAUGGUCUUGCACGUGCACUGUUUUGAUGGAGGGUCAUUCCUCUGUCCGGUUCAUUCAUGGACCAGUGGAGAAGAUUUAGCCGGACAUAUUCUUCGUCACAGAGGAGUGUCAGAUGGGUGCAGGGGGUGUUCAAUUUUGAUGAAGGAGCAUGGCCAGUGGGUGGAGUUAGCAGGACACGACUAUGUGAUGGACUUGAUUGCGGACCUAGAGCUCCCUUUGGACUUCCCGAAGCAGAAGAGUUACUUCAUCGUUAGCACUGACAACCCGUCUAAAGUCAGAGCUAAUACCAGCCUUACUUUGUUUGGUGGUGGCUUUGAGUCAGAUGAGGAGCUUCCUUCAUCCUUUCCUCUAAAGAGCAGCAGAACUACCUACAGCCUGCCUGAUUCUGAUGGUUACUUCAGCCAUGCAGAGUCAGAUGGGUUCAGUGAUGGUCAAACUCAGAGAGGAAUGGACCGCUACCUGGACAGCCUGUUUGACCCUGUGCUGUCAGACAAUGGAGUAGACAUGGAAAAGACUGGAGGUUUGACAGCAAGGAUGAAGGGUGGAGGAGGUAUAGGUGUCACAGGAGGACAAGGAGACAGGGAGAGUCACGCACCCCACAGCAGGCCUUAUCCACCAGGAAUACGUCCAGGAGGAUCAGAGCAGACAGUACUGACUCAGCAGCAACAAGCCAUCAUCAACCAGCAAGCUAUCAUUCUGGCCCAGCAGAUGACCAUGCAGGCCAUUGCAAUCCAGCAGCAGAUGUUAUCUUCCUUCCCUCCUGUUGCUCCAGCUCCGCAGUCACCACCCUCACAUCAUCACACACACAUGCCCCAGCGCUCACACACACCUAGUCCUACCAAAGAGAACGAGGAGCCGCACAAGCCCAGUCCUGCUGCUGUUCAGCGGAAAACAAGUCCAACACGAGGCCCACCCCCUGAGGAUGUGGUCCGAUCCAGUGUGAGUAACACGGAGCGCAUCGACCCCAGCCAUGACAUUAAAGAUAUCAUCAAACAACACCAGCCUGCAGGAACAACAUCUUCCACUGGGUCGUUCUCACAAAAGAAAAGUGACGGAAAGAUGUUUGUGAAGAAACCAGAUCCUCACGAUGAAGCUAUGGAGAUCCUUAAAGAUCAAAUGACAAACCCACCACAACCUUCUCAGAAAAAGCUGCAGCCCACCAAACAAAAAGAAGAUGGAGGAAUGAAGGUUACAAAGGCAACCAAGCCUCGACCUGCAGGGCCAACCAGCCCCACCAUGACCCCCUCCCAUCCUCCAGUCUCUAGAGAGUUACCAGUAGAGGAGGAGCCCAUUCAGACUCAACUACACAGCACAACUGGGGAUGAAUAUUACACUUACUCCAACGUCCCAUGGAAACUCUACAUGAGGAAGGAGGUUUUCUAUCCAAAAGAAACCUUGAACAAUCCUCUGAUGCUGGACCUGAUCUUCAGACAGAUUGUUCAUGACAUCUUUUCUGAGGCUUGUAUCCGCAUCACCCAGGAAGAAAGACAAAAGAUGAAAGCCCUGUUUGCACAAAACAAGGUGGAACCGGCUUCAGAAAUACCAGAUGAGAAUGUGAAGAAGAAGGUGGUCGCCAUGGCCAAAGACUCAUGGGAGAUCUACUUCUCCCGUCUAUUCCCUGCCUCUGGCAGUGUGGGGACAGGCGUGCAGGUGUUGUCAGUGUCUCAUAAAGGGAUCAAGUUGCUGAAGUUGGUGAAGAGCAGCUCUACAGCUUCAGACUACUUCAGAGUGCUAAGACCUUACAGCUACUCGGACAUCCUGUUUGUGUCUAUUCCAUCUACGAACAUGCUGGAGUUCAACCUGACGAAUGAGAAGUUGAUCCUGUUCUCUGCCAAGGCUCCGCAGGUCAAACACAUGAUCGACUACUUCCUCACAGAGCUUAAGAAGGACUCCGAGUACGUAGUGGCGGUGAGGAACUAUAUCACUGAUAACAGGACUCAGCUCAGCUUUCACAAAGGGGACAUCAUCAGACUACAGCAUAUGGAUGGGCUGGAGGCGGGCAAACGUUAUGGCUGCAUUGUGAGGAAGAAGGUCAUGCUACUGGAGGAGCUGAAGAGGGAGACUCCUGAGUUUGGGUGGCGGUUCGGGGCUGUGUAUGGAAAGUCAGGAGUGUUUCCCAGCGAUUACGUCCAUCCUGUGGCUGCUCCAGACUUUUUAGUUCUGCCUCCUGAACGCGUGGAGCCUCGUGACCGACAGGGACGAGUUGCUGCAUCAGCUGCUGUUGCCGUGGCAAUGGGCUCAGCUGUAGCAGCUCAUGAACUCGACCUCUCAACAGAGGUGGUAAAUGAGAUGUAUGGGGAUAAUGUCAGUGUCGAAGUAGAUGUGCCUCUGCAAAGUGGACAGUAUCACAUGACUGAGUUUGCCAAGAAGUACUUCAGAGAAGCACAGAAGAACAGGAGUGACCAGAAAGCAAAAAAGGGCAAGGAGGGCAGGGAUCCUGCAGAUAUGAUCAAGUUCUCAAAGUCUCCAGUCCAGGAGUCUCUGAUUGACUUCUCAGAUGGUGGGAUGAACAGAGUGGCUGCUGACAUCUUCUUAGCUAUAAUGAAGUUCAUGGGAGACUUUCCACUGAAAGGCCAGACUGAGCAAGACCUGGUCACCACUAUACUUAAGUUAAGUGCCGACCAUGGACUGAUGAAGGAUGAAGCCUACUGCCAAGUGACGAAGCAAGUCACCUCCAACACCAGCUCCAAACCAGACAGUUGCCAGAGAGGGUGGAGAUUGAUGUACAUCCUCACUGCUUUCCAUCGCUGCUCCGACGUCAUGAAGCCGUUUCUGCUCAAGUUUCUGCAGGAAGCCUGUGACACUCCUGGGAUGCCGUACCAAGGUAUUGCCAAGGCGUGCGAGCAGAAUCUGAGAAGGACUUUCCAAUAUGGCGGACGUGUGCAGUAUCCUAACAGCAUGGAGCUUAAAGCUAUGCUGGCUGGGCGGAGCUCCAAGAGACAGCUGUUCCUGCUCCCAGGUGGGAUCGAAAGGCACUUGAAAAUCAAGACAUGCUCUGUCGCUCUGGAUGUGAUUGAAGAGCUUUGCUUCGAGAUGGGGCUGCAGAGGUUGGAGGCCUUGGAUGAAUAUGCCGUCUUUUUGGUCACACACAGAGGUCAGAAUGUGCGCCCCCUCAACAAGCGCGAGUACAUCCUGGACAUUGCUACAGAGGCAGAGCCGGUGGAUGCCAACUACAGUCUUUGGUUCAGAAGAGUCAUUUGGAGUUUGGCUCUUAAACUUGACAAUGAGCUGUAUGUCACCAUGCACUAUAACCAGGUGUUGCCAGAUUAUCUGAAGGCUUUGCUGAGUGUGGUUCCUCAGGGACAGAUCAGUGAACAGCAUCUGCAGCAGACUGCCAGACUGGCAGCACUACAGCAUCGUGCCAAGGACACCGUCUACCUGCCCACCAUGCACGAGGUGCAGGAGUGUGUCCCCCCACAGUUUUACAGCAAACAGGGCUCACAGCACUGGCUGAAUAUGGCAACGCAGCACAUGCAGCAGAUCCAGCCUUUGAACCCGCACCAGGCCCGUGCACAGUUCCUUGGUCUGGUCAGUGCCUUCCCCAUGUUUGGCUCCUCCUUCUUCUACAUCCAGAGUUCCAGCUCCUCCUCCAUUUAUGCCCCCUGCAUCCUGGCUGUUAAUCUAAACGGGCUCCACUUUCUUAACAAAGAUACUCACGAGGCCAUGGUGCGUUUCCCUCUGAAGGAAGUCCAGUCAACUCGCACCCAAAGACCAACUUCAGGCUCCAGUUACCCCUAUGUGGAGAUCAUGAUUGGAGACCUGCUCAACCAGCGCAUCACACAGCUACAACUGGAGCAGGGCUUGGAGCUGUGUCGAGUCAUUGCCAUGCACAUGGAGAACAUGUUGUCGCUCAGAGAAAAGAGACUCACCUUGCCACCAAGUGAAAUCACCUUGCUUUAGCUCAGUGAUGCAGAUAAAUACACACAGAAAUAACAUUUUAAUGCCUUAUAAGUGCACUAUUUCUACCUCUGUUUGUAAAAUAGAAUAUUUUGAUAUGUAAUUGCAAUGUUCACAUGAAGAAUGUAUGUUGAUCUAAUUCAUGAAUCUAAAAAGAAUCAAAAUAUACUCAUCAUGUCAUUGCCUCAGUGAUGCAUUUUCAGGAGUAACUGAGUCAGACUUGACUCACUGUCUCAUUCAUCAGUUUGACUUUUUGUCCAGAAAGAUUAAGGAUGCGGUUUCUGCUUCAUACACAGAAAUGUGCAUGUUGAGUAACAAACAUGUCAAAAUGAUACAUAAUUUUUCUUUAGAUUUGGACCUACACAUAAGAUCAGUCUCAUAAAUCACACAAGAAUGUGUUCUUGUUUUUUCAAAGCUGCAUUUCCAUAUAAAAAGGAAACAAGAGAAAGCCACCAUCAAACUGAAUUCUCAUUGUCCUCUUUUGCAUAAAAUCAAGAUCAAAGUACCGACAGGGAAAAAUACAUCCAAGGAACCAAGUGUUAGCACAUAAAGUUUAAGGCCACAUGCCUGAAGAGUUUGCACUAAGUUUGUGUUUAUUUAUACAAUGCAUAUCUUGUAAAUAACUCAUGUACAUAAUGUAUGUGAU